CUUAUUUAAGUUUUUGUCAUUGGCGUCUUGAAAAUGUUUCGAGAAUGUUGCAAGUGCAGAAUUGGAGAAAGUCAUCCAAGAUUAAUCUCGAUCUCGAUCUCAAUAGCCUUGUUGGCCAUACGAGGACGGCACAGUACAGUAUCUGGCCAAAUUUCAAUGCUUCAGAAACUGGCAGCUACUUCUCAUAUCUUAGGACUGCGGCUGUCCACGGUUAUGACAGGAAAUAUCAGCCAAGUCGAUUGGAGCUGCAAGCGCUUUGUUAUCCAGGACAGGCAUGAUGAACUGACUCGACCUCCACGUCAAGGCAGUAAGCCCCCACCAACCCAACUACAACCCAGUCCGCGUGCGGGGUUAAGUUCCUCCCUCAAAACGUUUCCUUCUCAAGAUGAGGGGUAUCCUAGCUGUCAUGUUCAGAUCUUCCACUUUCCCGUUACUCGCAGAUAUGAUUCUGACGUCGGACAACGCAGGUCCUUUGAUAGAAUUUGCCACAAGCAACAGCAGGAUCCUCAUUUGAAAGCUGCGUUGCGCUGCACACCUAAUGCAGAACAAUAUGUACCUCAUUGGCACACCAGCCCCACGAUGCGCGGCCCCACAUCUCACGCUGCUGCUGUAUCGCAGCGGAUGCGAGUUCCAAAACACCAGUGGUGGAAACUCAAAACGAGUAGAGCGGCACUAAUACCCCGCACUACACUAAACCCCAGCUGCUUUUCCAACGUCAGUCCUUUCUUAGCAUAUCCUGACCUCGUCUAACUCUCGCACUCCAUCCAAUUCUUGUCCGUUGCAGGACCGCUAGGAUAAGUUUACCACUCAGCAUAUGAGAAGCUUCCCUGUCCCAUACUGACGAAUAUGUCUCAUUGAUUGCUGAUCAGCGGGGGGCGCACGGCGGCGCAAGGUGACGGCGCAGGGUGGCUGGCUUACCCGGAUAGUUCGGUGGCACAAGGACAGGCUUGCUUCUGUUCUGGUCUGGCUUGUCUCGGGAUAUUUCUUUCCUUUCAGUACUGUGCAUUUGUAUUUGCAUAUUUAGAA